UGAAGAGCCUCCUUGGGUGGAUCAAAGUCAGUCAGUGAUAGGGCUGCUGUUGUGGGGGGAAAGCUUCCAUUCCUUAUCGGUUGUCAAUUGAUUGUCACCUAAACGAUUCCAUUCUACGUCGCGUCUCUUCUCCGAACUAUUCUCGGCUGUCGCGUCCCCCUCCUCCGGCAAAAGUGUCCCAAACCCUCCGCGCGACAUCUUUAAGGCCGCCACAUUGUAUGCCGUUCCAGUCCUCAUACUGGCACAUAUCUCCGCAACACAUGUAUUAAAGACCACCCCCGUCACCCCUCUGGUGCUGUCCAAAGCAGUUCUCGCUAUCAACGACGACCCCAUGUCUUUACGACGAGAUGGCGAACGACGAUAACGCCCACCUAAGCUCCGAAGACGAGCUGUUCGUGUCGACGGCAACGGAGCCCAUGGCAUAUACCUUUCAAUCUGAUCUAUCUGAAGACGAAAUCCAAGUCGCUACCGCACAGCCAGCGCCCAAACCGAUAUCACCAACCGCACCCAUCGCCGAUCGGUCCAGGGUGUCUCUUGGCCCCGACGCUGCCACACCGGAACCGGAACCUUUCAUCCUUCCUCCCGCGCCGGCUGACGAUGACGACCCCGGUUCUUUCCUCGAGCAAGCUGCGGCAGCUCUCGCCGCAGUAACGAAAGCAGACACCUCGACCAAACCCAAGAAGCGAGAGUCAGACUCGCUAGCUAGUUGGUGUGGAAGUGUCAAUGCUUUGGCGAACGGGGUCACAGACGACAGUGUCAAGGCCAACACUAGGCGUGUUGACAUUGAGGUUGCCUUGCCCUGGCUCUCCCCAUCGGAGCGAGCAGCAUUUACCCACGUUGAGGUUGAGGAUUGGGAUGAGGGAGCAAAACACUAUGAUACCCGCAGGCGGAGGAACAAGCCCGCCUACGAUGAUUACCGGUUCGAUGACGAACUCGAGGGGCUCGGCCUGCGCAAACGAAAGAGACGGUAUGAAGACGACGAAGAACUCUACGAAGAAAACUCCGGCGAUGAAUACGGUGGUCGCCAUUCGCUUCAUGACUAUGGCUUUGUCAACGGUGCCAAGCGCAGCACGCGCACCAGCGCCCGCGCUUCUAGUGAAAGAAGCAUAGCCUAUGAAAGCGGCACAGAAUCACGAGCGUUGAGGCCCCGCUCAGACAAGAAAUAUCGAGAUUAUGACAGAGAUGAACUCCAAAAUUCGGACGACGAUGAUGGUUUUCUCGUUGUCACGUCCGACAUCAUCAAAACCAGAGGCAGGAAAAAGCGGAAAUCCACUACGAAGCUCAAGACGUCAAUGGGAGACGGCGAUUCAGAUAUCGAGUUCGAGUCAAAGCGGCGUUCCUCUCGGGCCAACAAAUCCAGGAAAAGCAUGAAAGAGAUUUUCGACGACGAUGAUGACGACGACAUCUUCGAUGUUCAGGACACAAAACCCACGGCACCCAGGAUUGCCAGUGUUCGAGAGGUCUUCAAGCCGGCCCCGGUGGACUUUAAGGAUGCCCACCGUCCGGUGUGUGACAGCUGUGGGUACCCUGAGGGUAAUCCCAAUAAGGGAGCCUUGGUUUACUGUCAAGGUUGUUCCAACUCUUACCAUAAGAUAUGUCUCGGCACUCGCAAUACCCGCGAGCAGCGGGUCACCAAAGUCGACACGGACUCCUUUGUCAUGCAAUGUCGGUUUUGCAUCGGUUCCUACAACAAGAAGGACGAUCGUGCUCCAAAGCAUGACACUUGCCAGUGCUGUCAUCAAGCUAACCCAUCCUGUGCUCCCUUCUCUGAGAAGAAAACACCCAAACAAGAAGAAAAGCUGCGCGAGGAAAACGAUGGAGUAGAUCCGAUCACGCCGGUAGACCCGAAACUGGUCAACAAUCCUCAAAAUGUCUUGUUUCGUUGCAGCAAAUGCCAAAGAGGCUGGCAUUAUGAGCACUUGCCUCACCCUAACGACACCCGCGAUCCAGCCAUCAGCGAUCCUCCCAAUCUGCGCAAUCACCGUCUCCAAGAGUAUCAAACGACGUGGCGAUGCAAAGAGUGCAUUGAUACCGAGGACCUCAAAAUCGAUAAGAUGGUGGCGUGGAGACCAACUCAUAUUAAGCCCAGCCAAUACGUCAGAGGUCAGACCAUCCUCAACUUCAAGGAGGAUGAAAUCGAGUAUUUGGUCAAGUGGGAGGACAAGUCCUAUGCGCAUUGCGUCUGGAUGCCAGGUCCAUGGAUUUACGGUGUCAACAAGGGAAAUAUGCGUCUUUCUUUCAUCAAGAGGGCCCUCGGAGAGGGCAUGGAAGACCAGGCAAGUAGGGAUGAGCCUGCUGACGCGCUCCUCAAAUGGACUGAGAAAGAUGCCAUUCACGACUCAUGGUUGACCCCCGAUAUCAUCCUCGAUGUGCAGUAUGCUGCCAAGUCGAUUGAAGACACGAAGAAGUACAAGGCAAUGUCGCUUGCCGACCGGAUGGAGUACGAUUUGAGCCGGAUCUUCCACGUCGUUAAGAUCUUCGUCAAAUUUGAAGGUUUGGGCUACGAUGACGCUGUCUGGGACACUCCACCUCCUGCGGACUCUUCCAUGUAUGACGCCUAUCUUGAGGCCUACCGCGAAUAUCUGAACGGCAAGCACUUCAAGUCAGAGCCAUGGCGUAAUCAGAAGGAACGCAUUGAAGCCUUCAGGCAGAUGGAGUUCAAUGGUGCCAUUGAGGUCAAGCAACAACCCCCCGGACUUACUCGUGGCAAGCUGAUGACCUACCAGCUUGAGGGUCUCAACUGGAUGCUCUACAAUUUUCGCCAUGACCGCAGCGUUAUUCUUGCCGACGAAAUGGGUCUAGGAAAGACUGUUCAGGUGGUUGCUUUGCUCUCUAGCAUGAUCCAGGAUAACCCCAAAAUCUGGCCCUUCUUGAUUGUUGUUCCCAACGCGACGUGCGCCAACUGGCGUCGUGAAAUCAAGAAAUGGGCCCCUGACCUCCGGGUAGUGGCCUACUACGGCGGGCGGGUUUCCCAAACUUUGGCUCUCCAAUAUGAGCUGUUUCCGGGUGGCACCAAGGACAUGAAGGCGCACGUUGUUAUCAUGUCUUAUGAUUCCAUCAAAGACACUGACACUCGUAGUCGGUUCAACUCGGUCAAAUGGGCUGGCCUCAUUGUUGACGAGGCACAGGCGCUAAAGAACGACGAGAACAGUCUCUACAAAGCACUCUCAGUUAUGAAUAUCCCCUUCAAGCUUUUGCUCACGGGCACACCGUUGCAGAACAACAAGCGAGAGCUUUUCAACCUCUUGCAGUUUAUUGACCCGAAGCUUAGAGCUGAGGAACUUGACGAGGAGUUCAAGGAUAUCACCAAGGAAAAUCUUCCGAAGCUUCAUGAGUUGAUCAGGCCAUACUUCCUUCGGCGUACCAAGGCCAUGGUACUCACCUUCCUGCCGCCAAUGGCCCAGAUCAUCUUGCCAGUGAGCAUGACGGUCUUGCAGGAAAAGCUCUGCAAGUCGAUCAUGGAGCGUAAUCCCCAGCUAAUCCGCGCGAUUUUCUCCACCAACGGAAAGCUGAAAUCACAGGACCGCGGCUCAUUGAGCAACAUCCUCAUGCAGCUCCGCAAGUGUCUUUGCCAUCCAUUCGUCUACAGUCAGUCGAUCGAAGACAGGAACCUGUCAGCAGAAGUCACAAAGCGGAACCUUAUCGAGGCCUCCUCCAAGCUUCUGCUGCUCGAAGUCAUGCUGCCUAAACUAAGGGAGCGUGGACACAGAGUUCUGAUAUUCAGUCAGUUCCUUGACCAGCUGACAAUUUUGGAAGACUUCCUCGCGGGUAUGGACCUUCCGUAUCAGCGGCUUGAUGGAAGCCAAUCCAGUAUGGAAAAGCAGAAAAGAAUCGAUGCCUUCAACGCACCGGAUUCCCAAGUGUUCUGCAUGUUGCUGUCAACCCGUGCUGGUGGUGUUGGUAUCAACCUUGCGACUGCCGACACCGUCAUUAUUCUUGAUCCCGAUUGGAACCCGCACCAGGAUAUCCAGGCGCUUUCGAGAGCUCAUCGUAUCGGUCAACAAAAGAAAGUGCUCUGCUUCCAGCUCAUGACCGUCGACUCUGCCGAGGAGAAGAUUCUGCAGAUUGGUCGUAAGAAGAUGGCUCUUGACCAUCUGCUGAUUGAGACCAUGGACGACAAGGAAGGCGAGGCUGUUAAUGAUGUGGAGACGGUGCUUAAGCACGGAGCGGCUGCCUUGUUCGGUGAGGGGCGCAAGAAAGACCGGAUCGCAUAUGAUGAAGCAGCCAUUGAGAAGCUCCUUGAUCGUUCGGCCAAGGAAGAAACGAAGCAAGAUGGCGACAAGUCUGCCGAGUCUGCCUUUGCUUUUGCCCGCGUCUGGGCACAAGAUGAGGGAGGGCUGAAGGAUGACGUGGAGACGGAAGAGAAAGCAUUAACCAUGAGUGUUUGGGACCAGAUUCUUAAGCAACGAGAAGAAGAGGCACGCCUCGAAAGGGAGAAGGAACUGCAGGCCUUGGGACGUGGUGGCCGACGACGCGGAGCGGCGAAUUACCGCGGACCCAAGUUCGAGUUUGAAGAAGGCCAGGAAGGAGGUGAGAGUGAUCAUGGCGACCAAGACGGUGAUUUCAUGGGCGGUGAUGACAGCGAUGGGGAAACAACCGGUAAUGAAGAUGGGGACAGUCCCCAUGGUGAGUUCUUACCCAACGGAGGCAGCUCACGCAAGUCACAGGCAAAGAAUGCACAGCAAGACGCCCAAGACAGUUCGGACCCCCGGAACCCCCAGCAAACCCGCUCGAGGCAAGGCUCCCAAAACCAGCUCGUCGUCCAAAUUACGCCCGUCCCCGUACCAGCAGCCCCAAACCCAAAAGGCCGCCCACCCAAGCCCCCCCGACCUGGCAGCCACAACCAAGAAGUCUACCGAAUUGCCGACUAUAACACACCCCGAGGUCAAACCCCCGGUCCCGGCGGCCUUGCCAUGCUCCGCAAUGCCAUCGGCGGCGACCUUGCCGCUCACCCCAGGCCCGUCCCCCCCACUCACCGACCAAACGGCAACCCCAGCGGGGCAUCCAAACUAACCUCCAACACCCCUAUUCCCGUCCCCGUACCAGGAGCCGGAGUUGGAGCCGGAGCCAGAGUCCGCGCACCAUCUCUUAACGGUCUUCCCAAUCUGAACCCUAACCUCCCCCCAGGCGCCACUCUCAAACCCAGAGCCGUUGCUUCUCCGCUCAACCAAGGCCCACCAGUCCCACCAGGCGUUCCUCAUACUUCCUGCUUCGUCUGCGGCUUCGUACACCCUCCUAGGUGGAUGUGUCCCGAGAUGAGUCAGGAGGUUCCUCUACGGCUGGCGCUGGAUAAUCUUAGGUUUAUACCACACCAGACUCCGGAGAGAAUGGAAUAUAGGCGUAAAUUCUUGCUCGAGAUGUUGAGGAUGGUACAGCAGAAGAAGGAUGAGGCCAUGAGGGCGAAACAGCGGCAGCAGAGUCAACAGGCCCAACAAGGCCAGGAGAGGCAAGGAGGACAAGGAGGGGAAGGAGGACAAGGAGGUCAAGGAUCACCGGAGGUUCAGAGUCUUCCAUCACAGUAGGACUGGAGAUGGUUAGUUGGUUAAUGGUGAUACCACUAGAUCGAGAAUGGGAUGGGUUGGUUGGUUGUAUUGUUUGAGUCAUGUAGUCACCUAACAACUCCUACAUUCGGUUUUGCCUUCUUUUGCUUGCUCGGUUGCUGCCUGCUUUGCGGAGGAGAAGCCUGGUACUUUGUGAUGCCAGCUGCUUUCUCAACUUCAAUAGAUGAAAGGGCGAGAAGGGUCUGGAAAAGUUCAAAGAUGCUUGAGCUUUGCUUGAUGGCGUGAAGAGGGGAGGCAUACACAUCUCAGAUGUUUACUUACUAUACAUCAAGCGCCAUAGCAAGCAACAAAGCAGUAUAACCAUGAAAUUCACAG